CGGGUUGCCGUACACUCAACACGCAGUUCGUGUUGUUUUUGAGUUCCCAAAGUCACAUGGUUUUUUUUUUGAAGAAAAUAAUUUAAUAUAUUGUAUAUUUUUUAUAAACACUUUUCAGCUUAAUUAAACAUAAAUUAACUUAACUAAAAUAUCGUUUUUGUUUGUUUAUAUAGAUGGUAUGGUUUUUUUUUAAUAUUGGUACUCUAUAUUAUCAUUUGUGUAUCAUCGAAUAACUUCGAUAAACUACUUCUAUUAAAAAUACAAUAAUUUUUGUUAAUUGCCAAAGGAUCUUCUUAGUUUGCAAUCACGAAUCAUUUUUUAUCAUUGUGUAACGUAGAUAUGUCGAAGGUCAUUUCUUGAAAUUUGCUGAUCAAAUUGAUUUGUAAAUUUCUACUAUGAGUAAAUCGGCCACAUCAACAGUUGAUAUGUCUUCUAAAAACCCGUGUAACAAAGAAAACAUACGUUCUAAAAAACCAACUUCAGAAGAUAUCUGUUCAAACAAAUCAUCUCAUCCUCAAUCCCCUAUAAUAAAUGAUGAUAAACCAUUAGAACUUGAUAAACGUGAAGAGAGCUGUGAAAAUGAAUAUAUUGCUGAUAAAAAGAAAUUUGUUGAAGCACCAUUACCAAAAACUAAUCCAUGGACUGCAAAUAUAAAUGCUGCUAGUAUAAUUCAUUCCAAAAAUAUCAAAGAAAAAGAUCCAAUUGUUGGUGAAAAAAGAGUUUUACUUCCGCAGCAACAAGUUCUAUGUGACUCCUCUAGUAGCAAAACAUUGAAUAAUAAUAAUAAAUUUUCAAAGUCAAAAAAAAAUAAAGAAUUAAAUAGUGUUGAAGCAUGGCCAUCCUUGGGUAAUGGGCAGAAUUAUGAUAGGAAAAAUAUUGCUCAGAAUGAUAUGCCUUUAAAUAAUGCCCAAACAAAUUUACCAAAAGUAACUAACUCUAUAUGUGCAAAAGAUUCACAAACAUCAACUAGAGAAAAUACACCUGGUAUAAAAUCAUGUUCAAAAUCAAGUAGUUACAAGAAAAGUGAAAACAAUAACUAUUCUCAAACUAAUAAUGAUUUAGAAAAUGGAACGAAUUCUGGUCAUUCAUCAUCCAAUGAGUCUAACAAUGUAGAUAAAAAGAAAAAAGUCAAACAUUCUAAAUGGACUCCAUUAGAUAUUGAAAUUUCUAAAGAAAAUAGUUAUAGAAGCCGACUAUCAAAAUAUCGAAGAGAUAGAACUGGUGGAUAUGAAAAAAGUAAUAGUCAAAAUAAAAUUAAAAAUAGUCGUAAAACACCUGAAAUGUCAGAUAGUGCAAUAUCUGAUUCAGAUAAGCGAGAUGGAGGUCCCAUGCGUUAUCUUAGACAUCAACGGUCUCGAAAUAGACAUCAAGAUGAUGAAUCUAAAGUAUCUUUCCCAAAAGUGUUAUCUGAUAGAAAAAUUGCCAGCUACAACUAUAAAGGAAGUGAUAUGUUGUAUUCAGCUCCAUCUCGAAUGAAUUAUAAUCAACCUUACUGCGAGCUAGUCCCAUUUGUGACUUAUCCAGUGAUGAAUGAACAAACUGUGAUUAAUCUCCUUAAGCAACAAAUAUCUUAUUACUUUUCCACUGACAAUUUGUGUAAAGAUACAUUCUUUAGGUUUCACAUGGAUGAUGAUGGUUUUGUUCCUGUAACUUUUAUUGCUUCUUUUAAAAGAGUUAGGGAACUAAGUCAAGAUAUAAGUCUUGUAAUGAAGGCUAUGAUUGAUAUGGAUGAACUAGAAAUAAAUGGACAUAUGGUGAGAUGUCGGAAUGAUCCAACAAAAUGGCCUUUAAAGGAAAUUCCUCAACAAUUUUUAUUUAAAAAUAACUUACAACAUCCAUUAUUCACUCAUCCAAUGGGACCUCCUUCUAUUGUUCCACUUAUAUCACCAGAUUUAUUAGUUAAGAAUUUGCCAGCUCCACCCCCUCCACCUAGCAUUCAUGUUGUCACAGAUCCUCUUGCUAUGAAUUUAAACCCAGAUGUUCCAGAAUUUAUUCCAAGAAGUGGUCCUAAUGAAUCUAAGACUGAUGAAAACUGUGAUACAAAUGACUGUGAACUUGUUAAUGAAAAAGAUGCACUUAUUGAUAGUACUUUAAAUCUUAAAUCUGUUGAUAAAGAUGUUGAAACAUCUGAUGCAACUAAAAAUGUUACAAAAAACACAGAUGUUAAUUUAAAGAAUACUGUUGAAACUACUUUCUGUAAAGAAAAAUGUACUGAUAGUAAAAACUUGAAUGCAAAAAGUGGCAAUUCUAAUCAAUCAUGGAAAGAAGUUAAAAGACGUUCUAGAACUAAAUCUAAUUCAACAAUGACUUCAGAUAUCAUAUCAACUACCUCAAAGGUUAAUAACUCUGAUACUGAUAAAUAUACAUCCAGUUCUUGGGAUCUUGGAUUCCAGUUUGAUGAAGAUCUUGCUGUAGUUCCAUCUGGAAAGAUUAAUAAGUUUAAUGAAAAUCCUAUUGGUUCUGAUAGUGAUGAAUCAGAUUAUGGAGAUAUUGAUGAUUUUGAUGAUAAAGACCUUGACAAUUUAAUGAUAAUAACACAAAAAAUGAUAAGUCGCUCUCAAAAAUGUGAAGAACGUUCUCAUGACAAAACAACUCGUGUUAAAAUGACUCAAGAUCUGGAACAUGCUAUUGAUUUGGGAUUAAGAUUAUAUGAAGAAGACUUAUGGCAUUCUAAUUCUACUAGUCAACCUUCUUAUAAAACUGUAAAUGUAGUUACUCAAGAGGAAUUUGAAAAACUUAUACCAAAAGCCCCCAAAAAAGUGAAUCAAGUUCCUCCACCACCACCUCCUUCUCUUAGUGUUGAUAACUUAACAGAAGUUAUGGAAAACACUGAUUCAAAGGAAAACAAAAUCAAUAGCCAAAAUAAAUCUGAUGCAGGAACUCAAACAGCUAAAGUGAAAUUUGUCAUUAGUAAUCAAAAUCGCCGACACUUUUAUGGAGAUAUUGAUGAAUCAUCAGGACAUCGUAAACGAAGUCGUUUCAUUAUGGACAGAGAACAUCAUGUUGGAUGGGUAUUAGAUUCUAGAGCACAUUCAAGACAUCGUACUACAUCAUUUAGUAAUAGUAAUUUAGGAGCAAGUCCAAUUGAGGGACAUUUAUCUAGUACACCACAAUCUCUUCCAACAUUUCACCACCCUUCUCAUGCAUUACUUAUGGAAAAUAAUUUUACUCAACAAGCUUACCACAAAUAUCAUUCGAGAUGUCUAAAAGAGAGAUCAAGACUUGGACCUGGAUUAUCUCAAGAAAUGAACACUUUAUAUAGAUUCUGGUCAUUUUUCUUACGUGAUAACUUUAAUAAAAAUAUGUACAAAGAAUUUCAGUCAAUGGCUGUGGAAGAUGCUAGUAGUGGGUUUAGGUAUGGUCUAGAAUGUUUGUUCAGAUAUUACAGUUAUGGCUUGGAAAAAAAAUUCCGCCCAGAAUUAUAUAAAGACUUUCAAAGUGAAACUAUAAAAGAUUAUGAAAAUGGUCACCUUUAUGGUUUAGAAAAGUUUUGGGCCUUCCUUGAAUAUUACAAAUACAGCAAAACUUUACAGGUAGACUCAAAACUAAAACAGUAUCUAGGCAAAUUUAAAACUUUGGAUGAUUUCCGCAAAGCAGAAGAGCAAUUGCCCAAGGGUGAAGGUUAUUUAAAUGCAUCUAUGAGAAAAAUGGCCCGUAUGAAACGACAGCGUAGUUACUCUGAAAAUUCAACUUUAGAUAGGUUGAAAAUGGUUUCAGAAUUAAACCCAAAAAUCUCAAAUAUCACUCCUGCUGUUAAUAAUGACUAUAACUGGCGAAAAAAUACAGCAACACCAAGAAGAAGAUAUUUAUCAGUUGGUGAUAAAUCAGGAGAUAUAAAAGGAACUAAAAGUCAAUCUAAAGUAACUUUCGAACUUAAUAUUAAAGGCUCAUCAACCAUUCAAGAAAGCUCAGAAUCCCCUAAAAAAUGUAAUGCGACUAUUGAAACUUUUUAAACUUAAGUUUUAUUAUUAGAUAUUUUUAAAAAAUAUUAAUAAUAAAACAUGAAAUUUAUUAUGAUACAAAACAUAUUUUUAAAACUUAAAUUGUAGAUGUUAUUUAUUAUGACAAAGGACAUAGGUCUAUUUUAUUUAAAAAGUUUAUUUUGUCUUGAUGAAUAAUUUUAUUAACAUACUGAUGACCACUUGGUUUUGUUAUAUAUAUUUUUUUAUAUAGUGUUCAAAUUUAUCAUAAAACUUAAUUUGAUCAUUUGUUAGCAUUGAUUACGUAAAUUAUGUUACAUAUUAUGCAAUUUUAAUUUUCUUUCAUUUUCUGUUUGAAAUUCAGGAAAAACGAUAAAGACUGAAUAUAAUUAAUUCUGCUAUUUUGUCUUUACAUUUAUUUUCAACAAAUUCUGUUUCAUUGAUGUAUACCAAUUCUUAUAAAGUUUUAUUACAAAACCCUAGUCACGUGGUAUUAUUUUAACCUAUUUACUUCAGUUAUAAGUGUAAGUUAAAUAUUUCAUAGUUUUGGAAAAAUUCAAUAUGAUAACCAUUUACUUAAAAAUAUGUUUUUUUGUUUUUAUUUAACAAAAUAAUUCGUUUAUAUUAAUAACAAAACUGUACAUAAAAGUGUUGAUUGAUUCUUUUGUUAAUAUUUUUGAUUUCAUUUCUAAUAAUCGUAUAAUUAAAAUUUUUUUUUUUUUUUUUUGCUAUGUAGUUUUGUUUUUGGGAUUGGGAUUAGAUAUCUUGUAUUUAUUUUAUUGUUCCAAAAUUUUGAUUUUAGAAUUAAUCUUUUAGUUUGUAAUUAUAUAAUGCCAUAUAUUAUUUUUAAUGAUUUUUUUGUUAAUAAAUUGUCACUUAAGUCUUGACACACUGCUCACACAGGGUUUUCCCUUUA